AUGGAAAAUGGGAGCAAUGUUUUAUCUUUCAUUCUCUUUGCGUGUCAUAUGACUUUUGCUUAUCGUGUAACUUCUACUUUGCUUCUGCUUCUUACCUACCUCAUGACUUUGUCAGGAAACAUUCUGAUUAUUUUACUCAUCUGGAAAAGUCACCAUCUCCAUAGUCCUAUGUAUAUGUUUCUUACUAAUAUUUCUUUUUUAGAGAUAUGGUUCACAAGCACAGUCAUGCCAAAACUACUUUCCAUUCUGGCUUAUGAAAACCGAGCUAUCUCCACCAAUGGUUGUCUCACUCAGUGCUAUUUCUACUUCUGUUUAGGCACAGCUGAACUGUUCCUUCUGACAGUCAUGUCUUUUGACAGAUAUGUGGCUGUGUGUUACCCUUUGAAAUAUGUCAAUGUGAUGAGAACUGAGUUCUGUCUCAAGCUUUCCCUUGGUUGUUGGAUAGGUGGUUUUGCAUUCAACAUAGUGCAAACCAUACUAGUAGCUGACCUUCCAUUUUGUAAAUCAAAUAUUAUUGACCAUUUCUUCUGUGAUGUAGAACCACUUCUAAUACUUGCCUGUUCUGACACCAGUCUCAUAAAGAUUAUUAACCUGAUAUCUUCAGCAGUGGUUGUGUUUGGAUCUCUUGUAUGUAUUGUCAUAUCUUAUUUACACAUUAUAUCAGCCAUCUUUAAGGUUUCCACUGUGAAGAGUCGAUGGAAAUCUUUUUCCACGUGUGUCUCUCAUCUUGUUCUAGUAUUUAUAGUAUAUGGAAGUUCACUCUUCCUGUGCUUGAGAAAGACUACUGGUAGUAUGGACUUUAGUAAACUCUCUGCUUUCCUUACUGGAAUUGUGACACCUCUCUUGAAUCCGUUUGUGUAUACAUUGAGGAAUAACCAGGUAAAAGAGGCUCUAAAACAACUUCUUUCUGGCAAAACAAUGACAUUAUAA